AUGUCGUCGUCCAAGGAAGGAGGAGGAGGCAAGCGGAAGCGCGUGUCGCGGGCGUGCGAUCAGUGCUUCCUGAAGAAGGACCGGUGCGAUGGCGAGUUGCCCGUGUGCACGUUUUGCAAGCAGCUCGAGCGCACCUGCACCUACCUGCGCCCCGAACGCAAGCGCGGUCCCACGCAGGGCCUGCGGCCGAAACUCGAACAGCACAUUGCGGCGCUCGAAGCCACGCUGGGCUUCGUGCUCGCCCAAUCCCACGCUAGCGUGGAUGUGAGCGCGUUGCAGACGGCUUCGGACGCACAGCGCAGCGUUUGGAGACAAGAGUGGCUUUCGCAUCCGGUGUGCUCCAAGUUGGGGCUCAGCGACACACCAAGCCCAGUCAAGAAGGAGGAUGAAGAACACGAGCAGGAGUCGGAUGUGGACCUGGCACUACCACCCGAGCAUUCCGCCGCCGUUCGUGAGGCAGACGAGGUUGCGCGCGAGAUGCCGCUGUCGUCAUCGGGCAAGGGCGGAAGCUCACUGCGCGGCCUGGUGCCGAGGGGCACAGACCCCAACGCCGCACUCGGUGGAUUUGAGAUCCAGUUUGGAGGCAACCAGACCGACGAAGACUGGGUACGAACAUUCACGCGACCUCGACAUUCGUCUUCAUCAUCAUCACCACCACCACCACCACGUCUACCGUGA